AUGGUUGUGCCGUUCGCAAUAAUGGCGAUAUCGGCUGGUAUACUGACUCUGAGUUUCUUGCCUGAAACGAUGGGUCAACCCUUGCCUGAAACGAUUGAAGAAGUCGAAGGUAUAGAAACGGAAAGUGAACCACAGGAGUUGCAGCCACUCCAGGCAAAGGAACCGGCCGAAAAUGAACAGUCUGAGCCUACAAAGGAAGACUAG